ACGACCGCAGGUCUAGGCAGCAGUCGGCUCAAGUGCACAGCCGGGAUGGCAGAGCGUGCGGCGCUGGAGGAGCUGGUGAAACUUCAGGGAGAGCGCGUGCGAGGCCUCAAGCAGCAGAAGGCCAGCGCCGAGCUGAUCGAGGAGGAGGUGGCAAAACUCCUGAAACUGAAGGCACAGCUGGGUCCUGAUGAAAGCAAACAGAAAUUUGUGCUCAAAACCCCCAAGGGCACAAGAGACUAUAGUCCCCGGCAGAUGGCAGUUCGCGAGAAGGUGUUUGACGUAAUCAUCCGUUGCUUCAAGCGCCACGGUGCAGAAGUCAUUGAUACACCUGUAUUUGAACUAAAGGAAACACUGAUGGGAAAGUAUGGGGAAGACUCCAAGCUUAUCUAUGACCUGAAGGACCAGGGCGGGGAGCUCCUGUCCCUUCGCUAUGACCUCACUGUUCCUUUUGCUCGGUAUUUGGCAAUGAAUAAACUGACCAACAUUAAACGCUACCACAUAGCAAAGGUAUAUCGGCGGGAUAACCCAGCCAUGACCCGUGGCCGAUACCGGGAAUUUUACCAGUGUGAUUUUGACAUUGCUGGGAACUUUGAUCCCAUGAUCCCUGAUGCAGAGUGCCUGAAGAUCAUGUGCGAGAUCCUGAGUUCACUUCAGAUAGGCGACUUCCUGGUCAAGGUAAAUGAUCGACGCAUUCUAGAUGGGAUGUUUGCUAUCUGUGGUGUUUCUGACAGCAAGUUCCGUACCAUUUGCUCCUCAGUAGACAAGCUGGACAAGGUGUCCUGGGAAGAGGUGAAGAAUGAGAUGGUGGGAGAGAAGGGCCUUGCACCUGAGGUGGCUGACCGCAUUGGGGACUAUGUCCAGCAGCAUGGUGGGGUAUCCCUGGUGGAACAGCUGCUCCAGGAUCCUAAACUAUCCCAAAGCAAGCAGGCCUUGGAGGGCCUGGGAGACCUGAAGUUGCUCUUUGAGUACCUGACCCUAUUUGGCAUUGAUGACAAAAUCUCCUUUGACCUGAGCCUUGCUCGAGGGCUGGAUUACUACACUGGGGUGAUCUAUGAGGCAGUGCUGCUACAGACCCCAGCCCAGGCAGGGGAAGAGCCCCUGGGUGUGGGCAGUGUGGCUGCUGGAGGACGCUAUGAUGGGCUAGUGGGCAUGUUUGACCCCAAAGGGCGCAAGGUGCCAUGUGUAGGGCUCAGCAUUGGGGUGGAGCGGAUUUUCUCCAUCGUGGAACAGAGACUAGAGGCUUUGGAGGAGAAGGUACGGACCACGGAGACACAGGUGCUUGUGGCAUCUGCACAGAAGAAGCUGCUAGAGGAAAGACUAAAGCUUGUCUCAGAACUGUGGGAUGCUGGGAUCAAGGCUGAGCUGCUGUACAAGAAGAACCCAAAGCUACUGAACCAGUUGCAGUACUGUGAAGAGGCAGGCAUCCCACUGGUGGCUAUCAUCGGCGAGCAGGAACUCAAGGAUGGGGUCAUCAAGCUCCGUUCAGUGACUAGCAGGGAAGAGGUGAGGGAGGUGGGCAGGAAGGCUAAGGGACAGAGAAUGUAUGCCAUUUUGGGAGGCCCGUGCCCAUUCAAGACCUGAGAAAAAGCCUGGCAUUGAUAUUAGUACAACUCAUAAAAGACUUGAGGGCUUAACCUGUUAUUGUGGUCUUAGUAGGGUGAGAUCUCCAUCCCCGCAUAUACCUUAUGGUUUGUUGGCUCCCCCAAGAGGCACACACUCUAGCCUGAGGUGUUUAAUUAUGUUCCUGCUCCCAGCUGAGACAAGCCUGAUAUCUAGAGGGCUAGAGGAAACUAGGCACUCGGGGAGCAGUGGAAUGGAAGAUGCUUAUACCACCUUCUUCUCCCGUCCUGGCCAGGUGGAUGUCCGAAGAGAAGACCUUGUGGAGGAAAUCAAAAGGAGAACAGGCCAGCCCCUCUGCAUCUGCUGAACUGAACAAACUAUCAGAGGAAAGGAAGUGGGACUGGCACUAUUUGAGAUUAAGACAAACUGCAUAUGUACUUCAACUGCUUUGCACUUUUCCGUUUCAGCGGAAGACCUGAAGAGUGGUCAGAACAGAGACUUUAAUUUUUAUUAUGGUUAUUUUAUUAUUACUGGCAAAAACGGCCAGGUACUGCACCUUUUUCAUACAAGGCCCAGGAGGCUUAGUCCAGUCUGUGCUCCUGGGCUACAAGGACCCAGCCUGAAAUGGUCUCAUCUGCAGGGCCCCGCACCAGUUGGAGCAGAUGCCUCCCCACCACCAAUUGCCAAAGGUCCAAUAAAAUGCCUCAACCACGGA